AUGGGAAUUGCAGGAACUAUACCUCCAGAACUGGGAAAUCUUUCUUUCCUAGUCUGGCUAAAUGUUAGAAAUAACAGCUUCCAUGGACAUCUUCCAACCGAGCUAUCUCGUCUCCAUCGAUUGAAGUACAUCAACCUUGCAAGCAAUGACUUUGAAGGGAAAUUUCCAUCAUGGUUGGGAUGUUUGAGUGCACUCUGGUACAUCAACUUCGAAUACAACAGAUUUUCGGGUUCAUUGUCAGGCAGGCUCUCUAAUUUGACAAAGCUAGAGGUCAUUGGGUUGGAUGGUAACUUCUUUACGGGAAGCCUUUCAGAAGAAUUUAGAGCUCUACCAAAAUUGAGAGUUUUGGAUAUUCAACAUAACCAACUUGUAGGCCCUCUGCCACAAGCUCUGUUUAACCUCUCUUCAUUGCAAAGAAUUGCUUUUACGAAUAAUAGCUUAUCGGGUUACCUUCCAGCACGUAUUUGCGAUUAUCUCCCACAACUUCAAGGGCUUUACUUAUCACUUAAUAACAUUGAGGGUGAAAUUCCAUCAGGCAUCGGAGAAUGCUCAAGACUCCAAGUUUUAUCCUUGUCUUACAACAAAUUUGGAGGAUAUAUACCAAGAGAAAUUUGGAAUCUAACCACGCUUAUAGGUUUAUAUUUGGGAGGCAACGACCUGACAGGUAAGCUGCCAACUUGA